AUGGCUCGGCUGCUGGAGGAGGAGAGAGAGAAAAACAAGGCGCUCCAGGGGCAGAUCGAUGCAAAGGACGCCGAGGUCAAGAGCAUUCUCCGAAGAAUCCUCCAGCUCGAAGACGAAAAAGUCGCGCUCCUCAAGCAGGCAGAAAAGGCUAGAGAAGUCUUAGUCGUCGAGAAGCAAGUGCUCCGUGACGAGCUGGACAAGGUCCCCGACUUGCUCCGGCAGAAGGACCAGGAAAACGACCUGAUCCGGAAGGCACUCGCGGAGUUGCAAGAAGAGAUCUUGAGGGUGAAGGCUCAAGCUGAAGCCGAUCGACUGGCCCUGAUUGAGCGCAUCCAACUGCUGGCGGCGGAGCUUGAGAAUGCUCUGACUUCCGCCAAGCACAUGAAGGAGACCGCGGUGAAGGCGAAACGCGAGCAGACCGGAUGCAUCUCUCCCGAGAAGUUUGCUCAGCUCAUCAUCGAGCUUGAAGAGCUGCGGGAUCAGAUGAACCUGAUAGGCACCGAGAAGGACAACGAGAAGGAACUGAUACAUAGUUUGAAGCAGCAGCUCUCCAGGAAUAGGCGAAGAUGGGAGUUGGAGCGGCAGUUCCUUCCACUCUUACACCAGGUGAAGGGGCCUGUAGGGCCGCCCAGCCGUGGAGUGCAAACAAAGAAGGAGGCGCUCUGGGCCACGCAGUCUGCCGUGGUCACCCAGGCUCCUCCCGAGAUCCUUGGACAGGUGCCUUCAGACAGGAUGAAGCCCUGCCGCAGCUCCGGCGACGUCCGCAAGAUCCAGGCCAGCACCAAUGGUUUCCGCGCAGCCAGAAAUCUGAUGUGA